UUUAGACUUCCUGGUUCAUGGAGAUUUCUGUGUCGCUAUCCCAUUUAGAUUUUAUUAAUCUAAACCCAUUUCGUAGUUUUUCAUUCAGCUAACUCACACUAGAGAUGUUUCUGACAGAUAUUAGUGGCUAAACUUUGGUUUUAUACCCAGAAUGUUUCACAUUUUUAACACAGGAGUCAUCGUAGUGGUUGUUGGGGUUUGUUUGCAUAGCGCAUACAUUUCCGCACAGCCUUUUUACAGAGUCGUGGGUGGUACUGUAGACCUGAGCCCUGGCCCUGUUAAUGGAAUCAUCAACAGCGUUGUGUGGAAGCAUGGAUCAGACAUUGCAAUGGAGGCAUUUGGAAGAAACAUUGAAUACUAUCGUGAUUUUAAAGAUCGCUGUGAAUUUAAUUUGAUUACUGGAGUUCUGACAAUCAGAAAUCUGACUCUGAGCGACAGCGGCACGUACAAGGCUGAGCUCAACUCUAAGGAUGCUAUCGCUUCACAGGAACUCAAGGUUCUGCACCCGGUCCCCAAGCCCUCUGUUUCUGUAGAAUCCAAAAAAGACAUGACUUCCUGUAAUUUAACCUGUGACUUCACAACCACCCCAGAAAUGGGAGAUGUGGUUCAGACGUGGGUCGUUGAUGGCCUCGACAAACCUGACUCUGGAUCAAAUAAGAUGUCCGUAGCAGAUGAGACUGAUGGGAAUGAAUUUAGAUGUUUAUUGAAAAAUCGUGCCAGCGAGAAAUCUAGCGACGCAGUUCCCAAUCCUCUAAAGAGAGAGACUGGGAAUGCUGGCUUAAUUGUUGGCGUUGUUGGAGUCAUUCUGAUUUUACUCCUGAGUUUUUCCUGCAUCGUCAUGAACACAAACUGGCUGGAUAACAUCAGUGUAAUUCAUGACCUGCGUCAGUGGGGACGCAGAAAUUGUUCAAAGUUUAGCUGCACAGGCAAGCAAGGUGGUCACGGAGGAGAAGAAGAAUCAGCGACACAAAACUGUUCUACUGUAAAUGGAAAAAAGACCAGCCAGACAACUGAUGUGGGUGCUGAGCUGUUGGAUCAGGAAACACCAGCCACUGAAGAAACUAACUUACUGGAGGAGCCAGAAGCACUAAAUCAGGACCUAACGUCUGCUGUAGAACCACCAAAGACCAGCCAUGUAGAACCACCGAAGACCAGCCUUGUAGAACCACCAAAGACCAUUCAUGUAGAACCACCGAAGACCAGCCAUGUAGAACCACCAAAGACCAUUCAUGUAGAACCACCGAAGACCAGCCAUGUAGAACCACCGAAGACCAGCCAUGUAGAACCACCGAAGACCAGCCAUGUAGAACCACCAAAGACCAGCCAUGUAGAACCACCGAAGACCAGCCAUGUAGAACCACCGAAGACCAGCCAUGUAGAACCACCGAAGACCAGCCAUGUAGAACCACCGAAGACCAGCCUUGUAGAACCACCGAAGACCAGCCAUGUAGAACCACCGAAGACCAGCCAUGUAGAACCACCAAAGACCAGCCAUGUAGAACCACCGAAGACCAGCCAUGUAGAACCACCAAAGACCAUUCAUGUAGAACCACCGAAGACCAGCCUUGUAGAACCACCAAAGACCAGCCAUGUAGAACCACCAAAGACCAGCCAUGUAGAACCACCAAAGACCAGCCAUGUAGAACCACCAAAGACCAGCCAUGGACCAUCAAAUUCCUCAGAAACACCAGAGCAGCCUGAUCAUAUUGAAGCAUCUGCUGAUGUCCAUUCCAGCCCAACAACUGAUUCAUCAGACACACCGGAGCUGCCAGGUUGUCAGGGUGUUGCCCCUGCAGCAGACGAGUCAUGAGUGAACUUGAUGGAUGAGCACUCCCAUCCAUGAUGGGAACCUCCCAUUCCACCACAUCCCAAAGGUGCUCUGCUGGAUUGAGAUCUGGUGACUGUGGAGGCCUUUUGAGUACAGUCAACUCGUUUUCAUGAAGCCAGUCUGAGAUGAUUCCAGCUUUCUGAUAUGGAGCAUCAUCAUGCUGGAAGCAGCCAUCAGAAGAUGGGUACACUGUGGUCAUAAAGGGAUGGACGUGGUCAGCAACAAUACUCGGGUAGGGUGUGGCUUUGCAAUGAUGAUCAAUCAGUACUGAGAGGCCUAAAGUGUGCCAAGAAAACAUCCCCCACACCAUUACACCCCCACCACCAGCCUGAACCGUUGACACAAGGCAGGAUGGAUCCAUGCUUUCAUGAUGUUGACGCCAAAUUCUGACCCUGCCAUCUGAAUGUUGCAGCAGAAAUCAAGACUCAUCAGACCAGGCAUGAUUUUUCCAAUCUUCCAUUGUCCAACGUUGGUGAGCCUGUGUGAAUUGUAGCCUCAGUUUCCUGUUCCUAGCUGACAGGAGUGGUACCCAGUGUGUUCUUCUGCUGCUGGAGCCCAUCUGCCUCAAGGUGUGACGUGUUGUGUGUUCAGAGAUGUUCUUCUGCGUACCUUAGUUGUGACGAGUGGUUAUUUGAGCUACUGUUGCCUUUCUGUCAGCUCGAACCAGUCUGGUCAUUCCCCUCUGACCUCUGGCUUCAACAAGACAUUUUCGCCCACAGAACUGCCGCUCAAUGGAUGUUUUCCCAUUUCUGGACCAUCCUCUGUAAACCCUAGAGAUGGUUGUGCGUUGCAAUCCCAGAAGAUCAGCAGUUUCUGAAAUAGUCAGCCCAGCCCAUCUGGCACCAACAACCACGCCACUUUCAAAGUCACUUAAAUCUCCUUUCGUCACCAUGAAGCUCGGUUUGAACUGCAGUGGAUCGUCUUGACCAUGUCAACAUGCCUACAUGCACUGAGUUGCCACCAUGUGGUUUGCUGAUUGGUCAUUUGUGUUAAUGGGCUGUUGGACCCGUUGUACCCAAUAAAGUGGCCAGUGAGUGUAUAAUGGAUUUUAUUUGAGACGGCGACGUUCCACUGCCCUCCCAAGCCACUGCUGCUUCCAGGGGUAACGGCUUUCAUGUUAUCAGGUGAAGUGUUCUCAUCUGGUGAGCAAAAACAAGCUCUCUGAAUGAAUGUUGAAGACAUGAAUGUAUCCAGAUAGUUUUUAAUGAUAAUCCUCAUUAGAGAUCGAUCGAUAGAAAUUCUGUUGCCUACUGUGAUAUCUGCAGGCUGAAAUGUCCCUAAUAACAACAAUGGACACCCAACAUUUCUGAACCAGAACCAGAACCAGUGUCUGAAUGCUGAAUUCAACCGGCUGUUGAAUCCCAAAGUUUAUCAAAAACAAAGUGAUGAAGACUCAGAUUUAAGGUGGACUAAUAAAGUUGUCUGCUGACAAACGACAA